AUUAUUAUGCAAUGGCUUAGAAGGCAGUGCUUUGCCACUUAAUUACAGAGCCAAUCUAUAUUAGGACCCUGAGUCUGGAUGCCUCUUGCUGUACCAACUACUAGCCUCUCAUCCACAGGAGCCUCCUCCCUGACACUUACACUUGUUUAAGGGCUUCUCUUCAUACCUUCCUUUCCUCUGAUUUCUGAUUUUUUUUUUCCUUUUCCUAUGCUACUUUUUUUUUUCUCUCCAGAAGUGAGGGGUCUGAGCCGUGCCUGCACAGAUUUCUAUGCAGCAGAGAGCACUUGCUGCGUGUUGCAUCGUCAGAGGAGAUCAACCAGGAUAUUUCUUCCGAUUAUACCUUCAUUUGCAAAGAAAGGAUGCACGGCAUAGGAAGAAGGUCCAAAUGUCUGUCUGAGACUGUUUUACCAAGUCUGGGAUAAAUGUGACUUUCCAAAGGUACUGUAGCUUGAUUUACCAUGGAAAAAUUGCUCUUCAGCAUCCUGGUGUUUGGAAUGGUUGCCAUGGUCAACGCUUGUCCCAAAUAUUGUGUCUGUCAGAACCUGUCUGAGUCACUGGGGACUUUGUGUCCCUCCAAGGGUCUCCUGUUUGUACCACUAGACAUAGAUCGAAGGACCGUUGAACUCCGACUUGGCGGCAACUUCAUUAUUAAUAUCAGCCGACAGGAUUUUGCCAAUAUGUCUGGACUUGUUGACCUUACUUUGUCCAGAAACACCAUCAGUUACAUACAGCCUUACUCUUUCACUGACUUGGAGAGCCUUCGUUCUUUACAUCUGGACAGCAACAGGCUGCCUGAUAUUGGAGAGGAUAUUUUGAGAGGCUUAAUUAACCUUCAGCAUUUGAUUUUAAAUAACAACCAGCUAAGCAGCAUCUCUGAUGAAGCCUUUGAGGAUUUUUUGCUGACACUGGAAGACUUAGAUCUUUCCUACAAUAAUCUCCGAAGCAUUCCCUGGGAAUCUAUAAGGAAGAUGAUAAACUUGCACCAGCUCAGUUUAGAUCAUAACCUGAUAGAUUAUAUUACAGAGGGGACGUUUGCAGACCUUCAGAAACUGGCCAGAUUGGAUCUGACAUCCAACAGACUUCAGAAGCUCCCCCCUGACCCUAUAUUUGCCAGAUCUCAAGUAAUCUCCUUAGCUGUUACCCCAUUUUCUCCACCUUUGUCUCUCAGCUUUGGGGGCAACCCCCUGCAUUGCAACUGUGAACUACUGUGGUUAAGACGACUUGACAGAGAUGAUGAUAUGGAAACUUGUGCUUCUCCUCCAGGUCUAAAGGGAAGGUACUUCUGGUAUGUAAGGGAGGAAGAAUUUGUUUGUGAGCCUCCACUUAUUACGCAACACACUCACAAGCUGCUGGUUUUAGAAGGGCAAACUGCCACACUGAAGUGCAAAGCCAUUGGGGAUCCCACCCCCAUCAUUCAUUGGGUGGCCCCCGAUGAUCGGCUCAUUGGGAACUCUUCAAGGACAGCUGUCUAUGACAAUGGUACCUUAGAUAUCCACAUCACCACUUCCAAGGAUUAUGGGACUUUCACGUGCAUAGCAGCCAAUGCUGCUGGAGAGUCCACUGCAACGAUUGAGCUCUCAAUUGUUCAGCUCCCCCACCUCAGCAAUGGCACAGGACGAGCAGCCCCACCGAAAUCCAGGCUUUCAGACAUCACCAGCUCCAGCAAGUCUAAUCGUGGGGAAACGAAAGGCCCACCAGAAAGGGCUGUUUUGGUGUCAGAUGUGACCACUACCUCAGCUUUGGUCAAGUGGACAGUGAGCAAGUCGGCCCCUCGGGUAAAAAUGUAUCAGCUGCAGUAUAAUUGCUCAGAUGAUGAAGUCCUGAUCUACAGGAUGAUUCCAGCUACAAACAAAGCCUUUGUUGUAAACAACCUCGUUUCUGGAACAGGCUAUGACCUCUGUGUCUUGGCAAUGUGGGAUGACACAGCUACAACCCUUACUGCCACCAAUAUUGUGGGAUGCGCCCAGUUCUUCACCAAAGAAGACUACCCUCAGUGCCAGUCGAUGCACAGUCAGUUCCUGGGUGGGACCAUGAUUCUGAUCAUUGGAGGCAUCAUUGUGGCAACUCUGUUGGUAUUCAUUGUAAUACUCAUGGUUCGCUAUAAGGUCUGCAACAAUUCCCAAGGGAAGAUGUCUAAUGUCAGCAAUGUCUACUCACAGACAAACGGAGCACAACCAGUUCAGAACGGAGUCUUGCCCCAGGUCAACCCCAAGGUGGUGGUGAGAAACGAACUUAUGGAGUUUAACUGUCAGUCAGCACGGAGCAGCAUCUCCUCUUCCUCCAGCUCUGCAAAUAGCCGUGACUGUGAUGGCUACAGCCUCCAAAGUGAACAGGGCACAUUGUCCAGUAAGUGGAGGCCUCCUUCCAGGUCAAAACACAACAUUGACCGGCUAAUGGGAGCUUUUGCCUCCCUGGAACUGAAGUGUCAGAAAAAGGAGGAGAUGACAGACUCCAGAACUUCCACGGUGGCCCGACACUCAGACAAAGAGCCACUGCUGGGCCAGACGGAGUCCAAAUUCCGCAGUCUCCUCACAUUGCCUCUGGAGGGCAAAACUAAACGUAGCCAUUCUUUUGAUAUGGGAGACUUCGCCACAUCGCAGUGUUGCACUUACCCCAAAAAGAUUACAAACAUUUGGACAAAGAGGAGCCUCUCAGUGAAUGGCAUGCUUUUGCAGUAUGAUGACAACGACCUAACAGGGGCAAAAGGGACUUUUGGGAGCUCAGAGUGGGUAAUGGAAAGCACAGUGUAAAUACCAGUGUCUCCCUACUCCUCAUCUCCCCUCAUGUGUUAUAAAGCAUGGUUUGCUGCAGGGCCAUGCUUUUGGAAAGAGAGGACAGGAAGUGUUUUCAGUUUUACUGGCCAAAAAGAUCAGCAAACAAAUAAUAAGCAGGGAUACUAAAAGAAGGGAAUGAAAUGUGAAUAGGCACGUGUGACACCCUGCUUGUUUGGCCCCAACUAAACUAUGAGUCAGUGUUUCAAGGAAUUUGCUAGCUGUAUUUAGCAGUGCUUUCCAAAAGUUACUCAGACCCUUGGAGAAGCAUCACACAAGAUCAACCAGCGAGGGUGAAAAGAGGUUUAACAGCACAAAUUUAAUUUUGCAGGGUUUAUUUUGUUUUGUUUAUUAAAUGGCACCUCUUUUGCCACAGAAAUGGCCUUCUGUGGAUGUAAGGCUGGUGCUAGCAUACAUGUCAUUGCAAGUGAUUUUCUCAGAAGUGCAGGCAGGACAUCCUUAGGGACAGAUCAAAGCGAGUUGUUCAGCGUAAUCUCAUGGUGUUAACUGUGACAUCUGGGAAAACAGUAUUUGUUGUGGAGUAGGCUUUCGGUUGGGAUUUAAUGAUUUCUGUUCUGUUUUGCCCUGUUACUGCCUUUGAAUUGUUCUUUUUUUGAUUCCCCACAGCAGAAAGUAUGUUUCCAUGCAUAUUUGAGUUUUGUUUUCAGUCUCACAAAAUGCCCUAAAUGAAGAGAAGAAUAUGUGCAAAGGUCAAAUUUCUGAUGUAUUAUAUAACUCACCUCCAAUGCCAACCCUUUAUGUCCUAGGGAAAGAUAAACCUAGGAGCUAAUAAAUUUUGAAAAAACACA